CAUUUUUGUGCUGCAAGAUUUUAGAAAUAUUUUACUAUUAUACGGGCUUAGUGUAAAUUCAGAUAUGAGGCAUAACUUAACCCCCUGAUAACUUUACCGCGGGCCCUGGCAGUUCAGGGUAGUGGGUUGUAUGCAUGAUCUUCUGCCCCGCUUUUCGAGGUAUGUGCGGCCAUACAUACUCACCACAAUUGACAAUUCCUCUAGAAUUGUCUGGACAUUGUACACUCCCUUAUGAAGUGGUACUUCUGUACAAGAUUAUUGCAUACAGACUCUCGAAAUACGUGUGAUCAAUUAGCAUAACAAUAUCAUCAUAUUGCUACCAUUUUGAUAACGAAAAAUACCAGUUACUUUAAAAGGCAAAAAGUUCUGUAAUCUUGCAAGUUCGAAUUUGAAAUAUAAAGUCAAGAUAAGUAAGGUAUUUCCAAGCUAAAUAGGCGUUAUAAAGAACACGUAUGUCUAAGGUCAAUCGAAGCUCAAUAAUUGGGUGAAAAUCUGGUAAAACAAUCGGCAACAAUCCAGCAAUUUACAGUAUUCUGUAAUAUCAAGUAUGUUUGUAUAAUGCACAUCUCUCAGUUGUUAUCCAAUCGGCGUCAACAUCUCUACACACUACACAGCGUGUCUUGAAGGAUUGUGAUUAUUGUGUUUUAAACAAUAAAUGGUAAGCCAACUAAGGAGUAUGACACAUUGGAAGAGCGACGCUUGACCUCGGUCUCAAUAAGGGAAUUCUGUCUACUUUUCCUUGUUUUGUAAUUGUCUUUGUCUCCUGUUUACUACAACUACAAGGCAUAUGAUAUGACCUAAAUUAAUAAAAAUGUCACUUUCGGGUCCGCAUGCCUGAAAAUAUUUAAUAUCAACAAAGAACCGGAAAACUUUAUAGGUUAUUUUCGCUUUCAAUUCUAUCACAGACACAGUGGAAAUAAUUACAACGAGUCUACGCACUGCUAAAGACUUUUUGUCGAAUAACAUUAUUCACCCAGAAAAGCAUAUUCCCAUGAUUAUUUUGCUAAAUGAACGGGCUGAAAUGCGGUACUGUGUCUAUUAUAUGGGAGGCGGAUACAUAGGUGGGGAGAUAUUGAGGUUCCGCUGUAACGGUUCCACCCACGUCGCUAUUCACUUGAACUGCGGAAACCAGUAACAUUUGACGUCCAUAAAGCUUAUUAGCAUGCAUAUCAACACGUUUAAUUAUGUUUUUUGUCUUGAUUAUUGGUGUAAACUCAACUUUUGCGUGGUUUAAACCUUCGGCGACGUAGGCUAGUUCAAUGUAAGACUUUAGCUAAUGUUUGGGUUAAAGAACACAUACAAAUCACCUAACUGUUUCUGAAAAUUAAACUGACAUUAUUAUGCAGAAAUUUGAUUGGCUGAAUGGAAUCACGUGUUGUGAAAAGCAUUAGAACACGGAAGAGCAAAGGAUGCAGCAUCGUAAUGGCGAACCAAGUUCCUAUAAACUCGGGAAAAACAACGGGCUUUUUGGCGAAAUUACAAGACGUUAUCGAGAAAGCUGUAACACAAAAGAUCCAGGUUGAUAGAAAAACUAUCGAUAAAGCAUGGAAGUUGAUGGAGAAGGUGCUAAAAUCGUGUCAGCAUUCGCGGAUGCAUUUAAAGAACAGUCCCCCAUACAUUUUGGAUAUUCUACCAGACACCUACCAUACUCUUCAAAUUAUAAUGGGAAGGUACGAAGAUAAAAUGUAUGUACUCGCAGAAAAUGAAUACUUCAAAAUAUUUCUUGACAAUCUUAUGAGGAAACUGAAACAGGCGAUACGAUUAUUCAAAGACGGCAAGGAGCAAAUGUUUAUAGAGGACUCGCGUUAUCGCAGGAGUCUAACCAAGUUAAGUUUGAUUUUUAAUCAUAUGCUCGCUGAAUUAAAGGGGAUAUUUCCUAAUGGAUGUUACAUUGGCGACACAUUCCGGAUCACUAAAUCCGACGCGGCUGAAUUCUGGAGAAAUUCAUUUGGAACAAGAUCAAUUGUUCCAUGGAAAUUGUUUCGCCAAUAUUUUCAUGCUGUACAAGAAAUCUCAACUGGGUUGGAAGCUAUUGCUCUGAAGUCAACCAUAGACUUAACAUGUGACAGUCAUAUCUCAAUCUUUGAAUUUGAUGUCUUUGUGAGAUUAUUUCAACCUUGGGGCAGAAUUCUGAGAAAUUGGAAUUUAUUGGCAGUCACUCAUCCAGGAUAUUGUGCAUUCUUGACUUAUGAUGAAGUCAAAGCAAGGCUUGAGAAGUUCAUUGAUCUGCCAGGAAGUUACUUAUUUCGAUUGAGUUGCACACGGUUGGGACAGUGGGCAAUUGGCUAUGUCACUCCUGGGAAGAAUAUUCUUCAAACUAUUCCUCAAAACAAGUCCUUGUUCCAAGCGUUAGUUGAAGGCUUCAAUGAAAAAUACUACUUGUACCCGAAUGGUCAUCGAAAAAAUCCUGAUCUUAGUCAGGAUAUUGUUGAAAGGUCAAAUGACCAUAUCCAAGUGACAGAGGAACAGUACGAGUUGUACUGUGAAAUUGGCACAACGUUCGAGCUGUGUAAGAUAUGCGCUGAAAAUGAUAAAGAUAUUCGCAUUGAGCCAUGUGGUCACUUAGUGUGUCUGAGCUGUUUAGAACACUGGCAAGAGAUAGGCGGUGAAGGCUGUCCGUUUUGUCGACAGGAGAUUAAAGAUAUUGAAAGAAUCGUUGUUGAUCCAUUUGUUCCUUUUUCCAAAUCUGAAGAAGAUCUGGCAAAAUCAUCUUCGUUUGAAUGUGAUUCAGAAAAAGAAGAUGUCCUUGAUGACAUAAGUAACUGGAUUCCGCCAUCGGGAAAUGAAAAAAAAGAGCGACUUCGGGUAGAUAUUCCAUCCCAACCUCGUUCAUACAUCACACCAGGUGAAGAGGAUGCUCCACCUCCUCCACUUCCUGCUCGCAAAAACCACGGUCAUCUUUCGGGCCAUCUCCAGUCACCAACCUCACCAGUACUUUUCCCCAGAUCUCCACGGACAUCUCCUCGGCCAUCUCCCAGGAGUUCACCCUUAGCUUCUCCAAACCUUUCUCCUGAAAACUCCCCCCACCCUUCACCUCGUCUCCCUAGACAUCGUCAAGAUCCAAUUGAAAUGUUAGCAGACAAUGAUGCAAUCCCACCUAAGUUACCCGCGAGAUCAAAGCACAAAACACGAAGCCAGGAUUAUUUGGAUGGAAAUUUUGAUGCAUCAUCUCAUCCGAUUGAACCUGAGGAUUCACAUGGCCGAUUUCCUUAUUCUGGUAUUGACCUUACUAGUAAUAGACGGCCAGUCCCAAUGGAAAAAUCAGCGAAAACAAUGACCUAUGCUGAUCUUGCAUUCCCUAAACAAGAUAAAGAUAAGGAGAUCAGUCGUGGGCAUACGCCUAUUGGUCCACGCCUCAGUUUAAAUGAUAAGGAAAUUGACGAGUUCGACACAGGCAGCGCCGUCGCAUUUGACGAAGUAACCAGUAACUUUGCUAACAAUGAAUUUUGUGUGCACGACGAUCCUUUUGAAGGGGCCAACCCAUUCCUUGACGAUAAGUCAAAACAACAAAAAUCUCUUGGUGUGGAUCGGUUGUUUCCUAAUGGGACCAAGGGUAACAGCUUACCUAAAACUGCAAACCUCACCUAUAGUAACUUAGCAGCCCAGACAUCAAAAUCGUUGGAAGACCUCACAGUUGACGGAAGCAAAGAAAAUGGUUAUACUUUAUCCACAGAUGGCAACCCUCCAAUUCUUCCAAGGUGUUUCAGUAAUCCAACAUAUGACAAUAACUUUCAAUUUAUUGGCUCAAAAAGGCCGACAGGGCUGCCGGGCACCUUUCCCCCUCGUCACAGCCCCAAUGGCGGGGAACAGCCAAUAGAGUUUGACGAGGAAGAUUUGCAGAUUUUGAUGAAUCAAGGCUAUACCCGAGAGGAAAUCAAGAAAGCUUUGGUAAUUGCGGAAAAUAAUUUUGCAAUGGCGCGCAAGAUUUUGCGUAGCUACCAUGGUACCAGACCACAUCAGGACGAAUGAAGACUAAAAUUAAUUACCAUAGUAAUAGAAUAAUAAACAUGGUUUGCACUAAUACUAAAGGUUCUAUACAUAUAUUUCGUGCACUUUUAACCUGUUGGAAUUCACCCACAGCUUCUCUAUAGGUCAUCUCUUAAAUGUAAUGUUUCGAUCUCAAAAUUUUAAGCGGAAGAUGAACCAUUUAUGCACCUUCAGAUCCUGCAGUUUGUCUCUUUGAAGCUUACCAGGCUUUAUACCAUGUUUAUUCUCUAUUGACUAUAUAUUAACCCUUGAUUUCCAAAAACAAUUUUACUUUAGUUUAAAUAUGUUGUUAUUUAAAUUUUUUCAUGUAAUGAAAACAAAACAUUUCAGUGAAGCCUGCUGGCAAUCAGACAUUCAUUGUUGAAAUUUCCCCUCACAAUUUAUAUCGCUAUUUAAUAACAUAGAUAAACUAAUUGUAAAAAUGAACCGAAAGUAGAAUUUGAAAGGACAUAUCACUCUUAAAAACCUCGUACAUCUCACCUAAGAAAUCCUUGCGAGUUAAAAAUCGCUGGAAAUCAAAGGUUGCAAAAAUGCGAGAAAGUUGUUUGAAAUCCAUAAAAUCUCCAAAAUAUCUACAAAUCACUGAAGAUCUCAAAAUUUAGGAGAUAAUUGUUGAAAUUUCCAAAACAAUGCACGCUUUUUUAGAGUGAUACACCUUGGAAGCAUGUUAUUGCUGAUUUCUCUUCCAUAAUAUGUAUGGUAUUUUUAAUCUAAUUUGAUCAGUAUAUUUGUGUACAAAUACUUUCGAUUAUAUAGUAGCCAAUAUCAUUGUUGCUUUUGCUUUACAAUAUCCAACAAUGACCGUUCAAAUUGCAUGAUUGGCAUUUGGCAUGUCGACUCUGAGAAUAUUAGUGGUUUGACUCGUAUCACAGUUUGGGUUACUUAAUCUGUUCAUGGCUCGUAACAAGAAUUUCUCGAUCAAUGAUUACACGGAUUAUAUAUAUAUAUAUAACAUUAAAAUCUAUGACCUUGAAGUUGACCGACGGAUGCUCAGGUUUUUAGGGGGCACUUUAUGACAGGAGAACUCAAAUUUAUCAAUUUGU